CCUUUUCUGACGUCACUAAGGGGGCGGAGUUCGGCUUACCUAGUUUCUCCUGCAGCUAUUGCCCGGGACAUGGCGGCUCCUGGCCCUGUGACUCCAGAGGGACGUUUUGACCCGUCGCAACCCCCGGUCAUUGAGGGCUUUAGUCCCAGUGUCUACAGCUCUCCGGAAAGCUUCAAGGAAAAGUUCCUUCGCAAGACACGCGAAAACCCAAUGGUACCCAUAGGAUGCCUGGGCACGGCGGCCGCCCUCACAUAUGGCCUUUUCUGUUUCCACCGGGGCCACAGCCAGCGCUCGCAACUCAUGAUGCGCACCCGGAUCGCUGCCCAAGGCUUCACGAUCGCAGCCAUCUUGCUGGGUCUGGUUGCAUCCGCUAUGAAGUCGCGACACUGAGCCCCCGGCCCGGCCUUGAAAACCCAGCGGAGAUCCUUCCCAUCCUCAAGAACAACCACUAGCCAUACGUGGUUAUUCCCUCAGCUCCCCUGAUCGGUCUCUUUGUCCCUGGGGGAGGAAGUGGUUGAUUGUAUAAUUCACAUUUUUUAAUUCGGGAAUCCCAUGUUCGGUUCGGGUUGAGUGUUGCAUGUUUCUGUAUAUGUCAUCUACUUAAUAAACGCUAAUCCACUUGUAGUUUGGUGAAA